GGAAGUACCUACCCAGCAGUCCCACCCUGUAGGUUGCAAAAUUAUUUGGGCCUUAGAGCUCUAUGUACUCUUGUCAGGAGCAUCUUUGAAAAAGAACAAAUCUAUUUAAUUAUUGUUCUUUGGAAAAAACAACAUAUAUGUGAGUCGUGUGAACUGCCAAAUAUCGAUGUCAUGCUGGUUUUUUGCUAAAAAACAAACAACCUAAUAGGGACUUCCACGUAUUGAAAAAGAUUCCGCAAUGGGAGAAGAUAGGCGCCAGAUUUAUGGAGUAAGGGGAGGAGCGCAGCGGGGGAGGGGGCGUGGCGGCUACAGGCUACUUCCGCUUUCUCCGAGUAAGGUGGCUCCCGCGGUAGGAGAAAUUAGGACGCCCGCCUCCCCGCUUCAAAGCUCGCUAGCCCUUCCAGGCUCCACUUUGCAGACGCCGUAAAGUGCGGUGUCGUGGCCACGCCCCUUCCUGCGCCUCUUGUGACGCCGGCGGCCUGGGCGUUUUGCGCGGGAAAAGGAAGCAGUUCGGAACUUGAGUGCUGCUGGACUCACUGUUUUCGAGGAGGCUCUGCCAACUUAGCACCUCUGCGGGCCAUGGGGCUGCUGGAGCAGUGCGAGGAAGUGUUCGGCACUGCCGACCUUUACCGGGUGUUGGGUGUGCGGCGAAAGGCCUCGGACGGCGAGGUGCGACGCGGCUACCACAAGGUGUCCCUGCAAGUGCACCCGGACCGGGUGGGUGAGGACGACAAGGAGGAUGCCACCCGCCGCUUCCAGAUCCUUGGGAAAGUCUAUUCCGUUCUGAGUGACAAAGAGCAGAGAGCAGUGUACGAUGAGCAGGGAACAGUGGACGAGGAUUCGGAUGUGCUCAACCAAGAUCGGGACUGGGAGACGUAUUGGAGGUUGCUCUUUAAAAAGAUAUCUCUAGAAGACAUUCAAGCUUUUGAAAAGACAUACAAAGGUUCUGAAGAAGAGCUGGCUGAUAUUAAACAGGCCUAUCUGGACUUUAAAGGGGACAUGGAUCAGAUCAUGGAGUCUGUGCUGUGUGUGCAGUACACAGAGGAACCCAGGAUAAGGAACAUUAUUCAGCAAGCCAUUGAUGCUGGAGAGGUCCCAUCCUAUAAUAUCUUUGUCAAAGAAUCGAAGCAAAAGAUGAAUGCUAGGAAAAGGAGGGCUCAGGAAGAGGCUAAAGAAGCAGAAUUGAGCAGGAAGGAGUUGGGACUUGAAGAAGAUAACUUGAAAGCACUCAUUCAGAGCAGACAAAAGGAUCGGCAAAAGGAAAUGGACAAUUUUCUGGCUCAGAUGGAAGCAAAAUACUGCAAAUCUUCCAAACGAGGAGGGAAAAAAACGGCUCUCAAGAAAGAAAAGAAAUAAUGGAAUUUUCUCUUCAAAAAUCCUUAGGUGUUAAUUGAUGCCAUUGUAGGAAAGGUACAGUCAAGAUUUGAAGACAAAAGUCAAUUCAACCCUUAAGUUGCUUUUUCCACCUAAAUUAUUCAGAUUAAGCAUGUAAAUCAGAAUCUCUCAGCCUGAUCUUAGGUAUCUGUGAAGUCCUAUGAAGGAAUUUGGUGGUGGUGGUUGAGGGGAGAGAAAGGGGAAGGUUGGUAUACUUCUGACAGCACUUGCUUCUGUGGAUCUUCUGUACAAAGAACUUUAUCUAGAAUCUGGGUCUGUCCAUACUUCCUUUACCAGCUGUCAUUUUGCCACACAAAAUGAGCUGCAGAGUAUUCUGACUGAUGUGCAUGUUUAUUAGAACUGGUACUCCGCCUAGCUAGAAUGCCUUUAGAACACUUGCUGGACAUCUGUCUUCCGAAUACUUGACAGUUUGCUUUCUGUCAUAAUAUUCUUGAAUAGAUCCUCUCCUUUUGGUUUGUUUUACUCAACCAUGUUUUGUACUCUUUGGUUCAAGUAUAGGAGAAACAGGUGUUCACAUUAUUUCAAAUAUCUUUAUAAGACUUAUACAUGAUUAAACAAGUAAAAAAUAACAAGUUUUUAAUGAUCACUGGGCUGUUACUGCUGAACAUCCUUGGGCAGGUCACUGAACUUUUUUUCUCAUCUAGGAAAGGGUGAGGGAGGUUGGGUAAAUUUGAGUUUUAGAGGCUUCCUUGACUCUUCACUCUAACUCUGAUGGCUUCAUCAGUGGUUUCUUUUCAUGCAUUCAUGGUAUUGAUGUGUGGUAAUAGAACAGAUCUUCACUUAGAUGUAGUCAAAUUAUAUGUAUUCAUUAGAAUAUAUGGAAAUAUUUUAGGGAAUGUACAACUUAAAAUCUCUGAUUUGUAAACUAAUAUAUUCAAUGUCAUAUGCAUGAAAUAAGCCUUCUGUUAUGUAUAAUUUAUCAGAGAUGAGCACAUGACGUUUUCAGUUUGUGGUU